AUGUCUGCAAACUCAAAGAAUAUGUCACUUUUUCUUCUUUUUAUAAACUUUCUUUUCUUUUCAUGUUGUAACUCUCUUCUUGAUGAACAAGGCCAAGCUCUUCUAGCAUGGAAGAAGAGAUUAAACACGAAUUCAGACGCAUUACCGUCGUGGAAUAUUUCAAACGGAACACCGUGCAACUGGUUCGGUGUGACGUGCAACUUGCAAGGAGAGGUAGAGGAGAUAAACUUGAAGUCAUUGGACUUGGAAGGCUCGACAUUGCCUUCGAAUUUUCAACCUCUCAAGUCCUUGAAGGUUCUUGUCCUCUCGUCGAUGAACAUCACGGGAAGGAUUCCGAAAGAAUUUGGAGACUAUCAAGAGCUUGUUUUCAUUGAUCUUAGUGAAAAUUCUCUCUUUGGUGAAAUCCCAGAAGAAAUUUGCAGGCUAAGCAAGCUUCAAAGCUUAGCUCUUCAUACAAACAAUCUCGAAGAAAAUAUUCCAUUCAACAUAGGAAAUUUAUCGAGUCUUGUGAACUUGACACUCUUUGAUAAUAAACUCAGCGGCGAAAUUCCAAAGAGUAUUGGCUUAUUACGUAAGCUUCAAGUACUCAGAGCUGGAGGGAACAAAAACCUUAAUGGUGAGCUGCCAUCGGAGAUUGGAAACUGCACCGACUUGGUCAUGUUAGGCCUCGCGGAAACCAGCAUUUCCGGGGGUAUUCCUUCAUCAAUAGGAAUGCUGAAGAAACUACAGACCAUGGCCAUUUACACAACUAAGUUAUCAGGCUCUAUUCCAGAAGAGAUAGGAAAUUGCAGUGAGUUGCAGAACCUGUAUUUGUACGAAAACUCAAUUUCCGGUUCAAUUCCACGCCAAAUCGGAGAGCUCGGAAAGCUUCAGAGUCUACUUUUAUGGCAAAACAAUUUGGUAGGGACAAUUCCAGAAGAGCUUGGAAGAUGCAAAGAUCUCAGUGUUAUAGAUUUGUCAGAAAAUCUUCUCACAGGUAGCAUUCCGAUCAGUUUCGGAAAGCUAUCGAAUCUUCAAGCACUUCAGCUGAGUGUUAAUCGGUUGUCAGGUAUCAUACCACCCGAGAUUUCAAACUGCGCGUCUCUGACUCAGUUUGAAGUUGACAACAAUGCUAUUUCUGGUGAGAUUCCUUCUGUUAUUGGAAAUUUGAGAAGCUUGACACUUUUCUUUGCAUGGAAGAAUAAGCUAACAGGAAAAAUUCCGAACAGUCUUUCGGAGUGUGAAUAUCUUCAGGCACUUGAUCUGUCAUAUAACAACUUAACUGGUACAAUACCAAAACAGCUUUUUAUGUUGAAAAAUCUCACUCAACUUAUGCUUCUUUCCAAUGAUUUGGAAGGAUUCAUACCACCUGAUAUAGGUAACUGCACGAGUCUUCGCAGGUUGAGGCUAAAUCGGAAUAGACUUGUCGGUAUUAUUCCAUCUGAGAUUGCGAAUUUGAAGAGUUUGAAUUUUUUGGACUUGAACAACAAUGAUCUUGUAGGGGAGAUUCCUUCAACAAUAUCAAGAUGUCAGAAUCUUGAGUUUAUCGAUCUCUCACACAACAAACUCUCGGGGAAUUUAGAUGCUCUUUCUAACCUUAUGAAUCUUGGUUCUUUAAAUGUUUCCUUCAACGAAUUCUCGGGUGAAUUGCCUAACACGCCGUUCUUCAGAAAACUCCCUCUCAGCGAUCUCACUGGAAAUAGCAUAUCAAAUGCCAAAGAUGAUACCAGAUUAGCUAUGAAGAUUAUAUUCUUCAUUUUGUUAAGCACAAGUGCAGUACUUACACUUUUCCUAAUCCACGUCGCGGUUCGUGCUUGUAUUGCUAACAAAGUAAAUAACAGUUGGAUGAUGACUUUGUACGACGACCUUUAUUUCUCUGCCGACGACAUUGUCAAGAAUUUAAAACCAUCCAAUGUGAUUGACACCGGAACCUCUGGAGUUUCGUACAAUGUGAAAACUCCAGAAGGCCAAGGCCAAAUUUUAGCAGUUAAAAAGAAGUUGCCAUCAACAGAUUUUGGAGCAAUUAAGUCGGAAAUUCAAAUGCUAGAUUCAAUCAAACACAAGAAUAUCGCCGAGCUUCUUGGUUGGGGAUUCGAUAAUAAGAAUACGAUGCUGCAGUUUUACGAAUACCUCCCUAGUCUAAGCUCAGUGCUUCAUGGUUCAGAAAAGGGAAAGUUAGAGUGGGAUACCAGAUAUGAAAUCAUCUUAGGUUUAGCCCAAGCACUUGCAUUUUUGCACCAUGACUGUGUGCCUUCUAUGUUACAUGCAGAUGUCAAAGCAGCAAAUGUAUUAUUAGGUCCUGGUUAUCAUCCUUACCUUACUUGCAUUGGCCUCGCAAAAAUCACAAGUGAAAAAGUCGAUGAUGCUAAAUCCAAUAAAGUUCAAAAACCUACCUACUCUGGAAGUUCGUACGGAUACUUAGAUCCUGGGCUCAACUCAAUGCAGAAGAUCAACGAGAAAACUGAGGUGUACAGUUUCGGCGUGGUGAUACUCGAGGUACUGACAGGAAGGCAUCCAUUAGAUCCAACUCUACCAGAAGGCAUACACUUGGUUCAAUGGGUUAAGAAUCACUUGGCUAGCAAAAAAGACCCAUUUGAAAUUCUUGACUCGAAGCUGAGAGGAAGGACUGAACCUACUACUAUGCAUGAAAUACUUCAAACUCUAGCUGUGUCGAUUUUAUGUGUCAAUGCAAAAGCUUAUGAACGUCCAACAAUGAAGGAUACUCUUGCAAUGCUCAACCAAUUUCGAUAUUUUGUUUAA